AUGGAGCCCCUCCACAGCCGUAUCCCAUACGCUCAAUGGCGUCUGCAAGCCUUUCGCCUAUUGUCUGUGUCGUCCGCCUCGUCCAGGUCGACUUUUCUGUGUCGUCGCGCGCAUUCAAGCAGCAAGAACGAGAAUGCCCAAGCAGACCAGGGCACACCAACCAUCGAAAAGAACAGCAUCAAACCGGACAUUACUAGCAACCAAAGCGAUGCAGCCGGCUCUAAAUCUACGAUACCUCCGUCCCAACUCCUCCCCCAGUCACCCCUUAUAACAAACCCCAACCCCGGCCAGGCCAUCCGACACCGCAAGAAACGCAGGCCAACAUCCGAGGACAUAUCCGAGCUCUCAAAGAACCCGUGGGCAGUGGCCCUCUCGUCGCCAAUUCGCAUGUGUAAUGUGACAGGAGUUCGAUUGCCCAAGGCGCUUCUGUCGGAUUGGGGCUUGGUAGAACAACCGGCGCCAGAGCCAGAGUCCAAGCCCACCACCGCAGCAGACUCCGCCUCCAACCCUGAGCAAACCCCACAACCUGACAGGACUCCUCGCUCGGAGGUUGUAAAGGGCCAGGGCAAUGGCACGCCUGACAAGAACAAACUAUGGCUACUCCCAGUCAGUCUUCUGCAAGACAGUGUGGUACGGAACGAAAAGGACAAGGACCGCCCGUUCCUCAAAUUCCGCAUGCUCGAGCGCAAACAUCACCUCGACACAAUCACGCAGGCAGCCAAACGCUCACGCAGUCAAAACAGCGUCCUCGCGAAUUUGCUUCCUCACCGCUUGAAGUCCCCGCUUGGACCUUUGACCUCUGCGCUUCAGAAACUCCUCGUAUGGCGGUCGGAUAUGCCUGAUUUCGUGCUAGCUGCGAAGCGUCGGGAGGCGGCAAAGUAUCUGAAGCGCGUUUCCGAUCGGCUGAGGCGGAAUAACGCGCCUGGAACGAUAUGGGCGUCUUUCGAUAUUCAGAAACCGUACUCUGAGGAAACGCUUUUGGAGGGGGUUGGGACAGCGGGUCUAGCAGGGCAGGAAACAUACGGUCAGCUGAAAUCCGGUGCCUUCCUGGUUCUUGGGGAUGGCUCCGAUGGUAAUGCCGGUGCUGUUAAUGAGGCGCCUGCUUUCCCGGAACUUGUCGCGCUUCCGGGGGGUAAUGGAAAGGUCCCUGUUUUUGACUUGACGCGACUCCUUUCGCAGGUUGAGCUCGAGGAGCUCCGGGCUUACCAUGAGCAUUUCCAGAAGUCCGGCGCGUUUCUCAAGCCGUCCGAGAAAUCUAGCAUCGAUGUGCUUCUGGCAUUGUGGAAUCUCCAAUCGUACGUCAGGAAAGCAGCUUGA